UUUUCCUCUCGACUCACUCAGCCCUUCGAUCUUCCUCGCAUGAGCUAAUGCUUUGACCUAACGAAGCUUCAACCGGGCCAGUUGCGGAUGUAAAACCACCCUAAAAUCUUCCGCCGGUGCCCCUGAGCUGCCGUCGCCGUCGCCGUAGCUUGGCGUCAGCGCGGAGGCCCGCUCCCGCUCCCGCUCGCCCACCCAACCCCUCCUCUCACGCGCGUCGCCGCCGUCGCCGUUUCCGUUCUAGCCCGUCGCGUCCCUGCUGUCUCCACCCCCGUCCGCAGUCCUCGACAUCCAUUUUUGAGACCUACCAUGAGCACGAAAUUGCUCAACAGCUUGAGCCUGAGGAGGCUCCUAGGACAGCAAAGAAACCCAAUCGACUUAUACACAGCAUCGCGAGCAUGGAGCUCUAGCACUUCAUUUUCUGGUGCUCAUGAGAAGAAUGGCAUGGGCGUCGAGGCAGAUGGUGAUCUUGCAGAUUCUUGGAAAGAUGCUGACUUCCGUGGUGUUUACCGGGCCAUUAUUUGUGGCAGCGUUGGACAAGUGCCUGUGCAGAAAAAAUUGAGGAACGGGCAUACUGUGACUGUAUUUACUGUCGGGACUGGAGGCAUGUUUGACCAGAGGAGGGCAGGUGCUGAAAACUUGCCAAUGCCAGCUCAGUGGCAUCGCAUAGCUGUUCAUAAUGAGCAGCUUGGUACAUAUGCUGUUCAAAAGUUGGUUAAGAAUGCUGCAGUAUAUGUUGAGGGUGAUAUUGAGACUAGAGCCUACAAUGAUAACAUCAAUAAUCAAGUGAAAAUCGUACCUGAGAUCUGUGUGCGGUUUGAUGGCAAGAUACACUUGGUUCAAUCUGGGGGCAGUGAUGUCAGCAAAUCAUUGGAAGAGUUAAGGGAAGGGCUAUUUUAGUUGCGACCUGAGGGACAAUGAGCAGCAGGAGGAGUUGGCCAACUGGAGUGUUAGAUUCAGGCAACUUUGCCAAAGCACUUUUAUUAGGUCCAUUGAUAGUAACUGGACUGGAGAACUGAAAGCCCUUGUAUAUGCAAGCGGUGCUCUCUCUGCCUUUUUGAGCGUAUGGGGGCUCUUCUGGCUGUUGAAAUCGAGUUUAUAUUGAGCUGCAGGAGAGAAACGGCGGUCUAUUGAGAUCUCUGAAGAUGCUUUUAUUUUUCACAGCUAGUACUGAUGCCCCGUGCUCGUAACAAUGACCAGUCUCAGUGUCUAUUCAUAAUACUUGCAUCUUUGUUUUAAGCCCUACGUGCUAGCAUACCAUAUCGCAGUUAGUUGGCUCAAAUCUGAAUUUACUUAUCUGCUGCAGAAAUACAGCUCCUGAUGCUCA